AUGGCGCUGCUGCGUGCCGGAACCUUCGCCGCGCCGCGCCGCAGCUUCUUGCCGCUCCGGUAUCAGGUGGUGUCGGUGGUGCGGCAGCUCAGCCCCGAGGGGAUGGAGGCCAUGGCCGGCGUGCUCCGGGAGUCCAUCGUGCCGCUCGACCUCUUCAGCAAGGCGCGCACCACCUGGAAGGUCAGCAUCUUCGCCUCGCUGCAGUUCUGGACCCCCAUCUCCUGCCGCUUCCUCUUCAACUACCCCGGCAACGGCACCGCCAUGCCCAUCGAUUGCCGCUCCAAGUCACCGUAG